AAUAGCUCAAAUGAUAACUCGUUAAAAUACUGGGUGCAGGGUAAUAGUGAGGAAUAUGUUUCACUGGUGCUCGCACUCUCAGUAUGAUACUCAGAAAGUGUUGGGAAUAAUUAUUCAGCGAUCAUAUGCAUAAUAAAUGAGACUAAGCAAGAUAUUCACAGACCGUAAAGACUUAAAACUGGAACGACUCCAGUGCAGUCGAUAUCUCCAGUCUCAUCUCCAUGGAACAAGAUUGCCUUGGCUUCAAUUCCUCUAAUCCUAUGGGCGUAAAAACUGCACACGUUCGUUGGACUUGCUAUCGCCGUCCUCUAACGAAAAGAAUUACAAUCAAUGUAGGUGGAAGAAAGUUUAUUGUCAAGGAAAAUGUUUUUGAAAAAUUUCCAUAUUCUUUGCUGGGUAAUCUAAGGAAGUAUAGUUACUAUGACAAAGAGAAGAAAGAGUACUUUUUCGAUCGGGAUCCCGACGCAUUCCGCUAUGUGCUCGAUUACUGUCGAACUGGACGACUGCACGUUUCCGAUGAGGAAUGCUUUACAGGGCUGUUGGACGAGUUGGACUUUUUUAGGAUCCCAACAAGUGAUAUAUAUAACUGUACGUGCUGUGAAGAAGAAACUAGUUUUAAUAUUCAACAGAUAAUCGAUAAACGCAUCGAGCAAGCUCAGGGCAAAAAACACGUCAAGUAUAUACCGCAAACAACUCGACAGAAAGUUUGGGAAUUCUUYAGCAACGACGAAUAUUCUUCGGCCGCUUCGCUUUAUUCAAAUGUAAUCCAUAUCAUUACAGUUUUAAGUGUUGUUUUAAUAGCCUUUGAAACAGUGUCCUGUGAUGUGAACAUAAAAUGCGGCGAAGCAUAUGAGGAUAUAUUCUUUAUAGCCAACUCGAUCUGCGUAGCUGCUUUCACUGUGGAYUAYGUUGURCGACUCGUCUGUGCGCCAGAAAGAUUGAAAUUCGUGMGGGGAUUUCUAAACAUCGUUGAUCUUCUCGCCCUACUGCCGUUCUACAUAGCAAUAACAUUAAAAUACGUCUUUAGAAUAUACGAUGAUUUCUCGUUCAUAGCAAUUCUAAGACUUUUUCGAGUUUUUCGUAUUAUCAAGCUUGCAAAGCGAUCAGAGAGGUUGAAAACUAUGGGAGGAUCUAUUUUUAAGGAUGGAGGAUCAGGUGCCGAAGUGUUUUUUGUACUUUUUGGAUUAUUAAUGGUUUUAACUGUGUUUUCGACGAUUAUAUUUUUUAUGGAGCAAACAAACAGUGAAACAGCGUUUGGAAGCAUACCAGAAACGAUGUGGUAUACAGCUGUCACUAUCACAAGUCUAGGAUACGGUGACAUGGUCCCAUCGACAAUACUUGGAAAAUUCUUUGGUAUCAUGACUCUACUAGUUGGYUUUUUGGGAAGUAGUUUACUCAUCCCAGUCGUUCAAAUGAAGUUUGGAAGCUUCUCCAAGAAACAAUUAUGAAACUCUAUUUUCUGGAUAUAGCAAGGACCAAAGUGAGUGAGAACAUCGAAUGGCUUCAUGCAACUCAGAAACGCAUGGCAAGAAUAAAGAAGUAAUGUGGAAUCAUUGUCCGAUAGCCUUGAAGAUAACUUUGAACGACAAUGGCGCAGAGAACGUAUCCAGUCACCUUCUUUUGGAAUAAGAUUCCUGCGCUAGCUAUCUUGGAAAUAACUUCCUCAAUCUCUCUGGAUGCUUUGAACACUGGAAGCUUCAGGAAACAUAAAGAUCAAUUKUUGAUAAAUAAACGAUGCUUUGCGCGCAUUGUCCAAUAAUGCUUUGCGMUCACUACCACUGGUGCUUUGCGAAUCAGUGAAGACUUAGUAAUUAUGGCUAUAUUUUCAAACUAUAACAAUUGAAAAAAAUCUUUGAAUAAAACAAAAACAAUAUUUUCUUGUUUUUCAAGAUCAA